AUGGGAACUCUAGAAGAAUUCAAAGCAUUUGCUGACCAAAAUGCUAUUCCAGUGAGUGUAAUUCCUUGAAAAAAUCUUCGGAUUCUUGAAGUUGAAGAACAAGAGAUUGAUUCAUAUUCCAUAAUUGUCAAGCUCGAAUUUUCUGAAAAAGGUUUAACUCGAUUUCUGAUAGAAGAAUUAACAUUCAUAAGCAAUAGCAAUGUUCCUUUCGAUUUCCUUCAAAACAUCACAGGAGAUGCAAAAGGUUUCGCUCUUGAAGGAAGGUCGACUUUAGUUUAUAACUCGAUUCAUCAAACAAUUGACCCUCAAAAGAGAACCCCAGAAAUAAUUUUUUUCAAAGUUGGCGAAGUUGUGAGAGAACUAAUACCAUUCUUAAAUUUAGCAAAGGCGCAUUAUGAAGAAUAUAAAAUACAGAAGGAAAGAGAAGAGCAAGUAAGACAGCAGCAAAAAGAAAGGGAGAGAGCUAAAAGGCUUGAAGCAUUUGAUGAUAAAAAUAGAACUAAUUUUUCUACCUUUGAAAAUGAUUUUUUUACUCCCCCCCCCCUCCGUGAGUGAACAAAAAAAUUUUGUUCACUCACGGAGGGGGGUUAAUUUUAUUUUUGUUUAAAAAAUUUAUAUAUAAAUUUUAUAAAAAAUAUUUUUUUCGAAAUUUAAAAAAAUCCCUAAUUCGCAAAAAUUGGAAAGCAAAUAUUAAUUUAAUUUAUAAAAUUUAUGUUUUUAAAACGCAAUUUGUUAAAAAUUCAACAGAAUUAGCUCUAGAUUUCAUUAUGCUAAUUAUCACUUAUAUAUCAAAAUUUUUUCCAUAAAAAUUUUUCUAUUAAAAAAAUUUUUGUUCACUCACGGAGGGUGGGUUUUUGGGCAAAAAAUGCCGAUUUUUCUAAUGGUUUUGUUCACUCACGGAGGGGGGGGAGUUUAGAAAAUUUAUUUCAAAAGUAUAAAUAUAAGACGUUUUAAAGAUAAAAAUAUAAGAAUUAUAAAAAAAAUAUUUUGAGAGGGUAGCCACAAGCCUUUAGUAGAAAUGUGUCAACUGCUAAGGUGGCUAACGAAGUUAUCAAGAAAAAUGAGUCUGCCGGAAAAGGAUUAGAAAAAAUACCUAAAGCAGUCGUUGUAAAUGAAUACAAUUUUGCUGAUAUUUUCAAUCAACCGAAACCUGCUGACUUUUAUGAAUAUACAGCUAUUACUUCAAUCAAAGAGCAGGGAUUUUACCAGAUUGAUUUUCUAUAUUUCUAUGACAAAGUAUGCAAAUAUAACGAAGAAACAGGAAAUUAUCUCAAAUUUUCAAUUGACCUCAAAGCUAAAACAUGCAAAGACUUCUUCGAUGCCCUUUUUGUUUUUCAAUCUCAAUUUUUCAGGACUAUCAAUCUGUACUUCAGUUCCAAAGCCCAAAGCAAAGCCAAAAACAGAUUAAAAAUUAAAACAAAUGGGCAACUUUCAGAUGAGUACGAAUCAAUCGAUGUUUCAAGCUAUUUGGAUGCAUUAAAUUAA